CUCUUGUUUGUCGGUAUCAUCAAUUGUAUCGGCAACACUUUUGUUUUGAGCUUUUUUCUGUGCUUGAAGUGUUUUUUCAGCCCUGUAGUCCUCAGAAAAUACAUUCAACACAAGUAUACUUAGGUCCCUGUUAAAUUCUUGUACAGGAUUAUAGAAAACUUUUUCAGAAACUAAAUUAAUUACAGCAGGACCCUCUUUUAUGGUUUUAUUUUUCGUUGCUUCCAUGUUGAUGAAUUUCUGUGUAAAAUAACAAUGUUAACCAAUAAAAUUAAAGAAUCAACGAAAUUUUAAUAUAAAUUUAGAACAAGUUAACACCCACAGUUAUCAAAUAUGAUGUGUUCAUAUUUAUACUUACUUAACUAUACCACAGUAGGUAAACAGAAUAGGAAAUUAAAUUGUUUAAAAUUAUGCAAUUGUUAAAAUAUUUGAGAUUACAAUGUUAUUAUUAUAUAUUUAACAGAAAUAGGAAAAGCUUUACUUACUUUACAAGAGGCACUAAAAAAGUAAUUGAAUUUUCUAAAAACAGUCAUCAACACCACAACAAAUAAUAUUGAAUUUAUUAUUUAAAUUGUAACUUCAAAUAGAAAUAGCACAGACUAGAGCAUAAUGCGACUCAGUGCUGCACAAUGCCCAAUUAUGCUGAUGCUUAAUUGGAACGCGAAUUAGUUUUCAAAUGCACCAGCAGAGUGCGCUAAGUUCAGUGUUGAAAAAAAAAGUCAAUGUACCUUCAUCCAUACUUAUAUUUAUUUUUUAACAGUUUGAAUGAACUUUGAUUAUUUAAAAAAACUAUUUAAUGACACGAAAGCUUUAAUAAUUUUUCAACAAUAAAUAAUAUUACUAACGAUAACAUAUAAAUAAAACAUUUCGAUCAAUGCCAACUUAAAGAAAAAACACUUGUUAAUUUUCUGUCUCUAAGUUGGUACCAUUGCACGCAUCACACGAAAGCAUCACUUUUGAGAGUGCUCAAUUGUGCGAAGCGUUGCUGUAGUUGGAACACUCAACGUUUAGCAUUAUGCCGCAUAAUGCGCAAUAAUGCUGUAAUUGGAAAGCAACCAUAGUAUGCUUUCCAAUUACAGAACAUAAUGCGACUCAGUGCCGCACAAUGCCCAAUUAUGCUAAUGCUUAAUUGGAACGUGAAUUAGUUUUCAAAUGCACCAGCAGAGUGCGCUAAGUUCAGUGUUGAAAAAAAAAAGUCAAUGUUUGUACCUUCAUCCAUACUUAUAUUUAUUUUUUAACAGUUUGAAUGAACUUUGAUUAUUUAAAAAAAACUAUUUAAUGAAACGAAAGCUUUAAUAAUUUUUCAACAAUAAAUAAUAUUACUGACGAUAACAUAUAAAUAAAACAUUUCGAUCAAUGCCAACUUGAAGAAAAAACACUUGUUAAUUUUCUGUCUCUAAGUUGGUACCAUUGCACGCAUCACACGAAAGCAUCACUUUUGAGAGUGCUCAAUUGUGCGAAGCGUUGCUGUAGUUGGAACACUCAACGUUAAGCAUUAUGCCGCAUAAUGCGCAAUAAUGCUGUAAUUGGAAAGCAACCAUAGUUUGUGGCAGGAAACAAUAUCGAAUUCACAGACUAAUAUUAGAACAAGUUAUUGAAUUCCUUCGAAUUCAUUCUUCUUCUUCUUCUGUUUGGAAAAUGGCGGUGCACUUUUGUGAAUUACGCCAGAUUCGAGUGAUUCAGCUUGGUUGUUCCGUAGGAAUUGACUUCAUAAGUAUAAUAAUAAGUAUAAUAUGUGAAAGAAGUAAACAAUGUACUUGAGUUUUUGUAAUUGGAUAUCUGUUGUCUUAUCUGAAAGGUAGAGACAAACACAAUAAAAAGUCAGUAAUGUUAGUUGGUUAGUCUAGAGACAAACAAUUACAAGCGUAUAUUAUUUUUGUAUAUAUAUUCACAAAGUAGGAUAAUAAAGGGAGAGUUAACAUAGGUUAGGAGUGAUUUAAAAUUCAUAGGUUUGGAAAUGUAUUUUGGAAGGAUGACAUAGAGUGAAACCGGGUAUUUUGGGCAACUAAAGAAAAUAUGUUCGGUUAUUCCUUCAUCCAGCCCGCAUUCACAUAGUGAGCUGUCUUUAACCUUAAACCUUCGAAUUCAAAUAUAAAGUUUGCGAUUGCGAAAUGUCAUUGUCAUAUGUGUACUGAUUUUUAGUUCUCGUUGCGUCCAUAAUGGCACUGCUGUUCAAGUUUCCAUACAACAUUUGACAAUGACAUUUCGCACUCGUUAACUAUUCGAACUCCUUACGUUUCGUUACUGUUGUGAGGGUACUGUACAACUAGGGAAUUGUCAAUAAGGAAAUGUUUUGUCGAUUAAACUAACCACACUUGUUGAUUAUUUGUCAAACAUGACAAAAAGGCAAAUACGAAUGGCCAAGUGAAGUGCCAUCAUAACAUUGAACGUGAUCAUGCAUUUUCGUUGUGUUGCAAUACGCUUGUUUCAAUACAAAGAGAGGUGCUUGUGGAUAUACUGUACUUCCAGGGCCCAAAAGUAAAAACUUCAGUUAUGUUGGUUGUAAUUUCGCAUUUUUGUUGUUAAAAAGGUUUCUGUUAACCACAUUAUUAAAAAAAAUGUCACACUUAUGCACUGGUAGUUUUUUAGAAAAAAAUAUUGAAAAUUUUUACUUUUCUUGUCAAGUGGUGAUACUUCACACUAGGUUAGGUUAGGUUAGUGUUGUGACCAUAACGCGCGAGCCGAGCGAGCAAAGCGAGCGUGCCGCGGCAGCGGCCGGCGAAGCGCCAGAAAAAAAAAUCUGUUAAAUGGACCUUUUCUACAAAAAAAAAGCAACUAUCACCUUUUGGGCCCUGGAAGUACAGUUUUACCAUUUAUUCUGCUAUAAUAUUAUUACAGCGUAGUCUAGACAUACCUUAAUAAAUUUUGACAUUGACAGACAAGAUGAUCACUGACAUUCCCGUUCCUGAGAGUCUUGAAGAAUCUGGAAAUAUAACCUUAUUUUUUAUAAGUCCGUGAAAAUAAAUAAUUCUGAAUGAACACUGAUAUUAAAUUGUGCAGUUUUUAAGAAGUGCACGAAAUGCAGUCUGCUAGUGUCUUAUUGAGAAACUCUAUACUCUUCCACCCAACUUUGAAGAGUUGUCGGUUGUCUCAUAAUAUUUCUAAAGUUGCAUCACACAAGAAACCGGCAGAGGUUCAAAGAUUAUUAUUUUCAACCAGACACUAUUCUCAAGUGAAAAAUUCCCGAGUGUGUUGUCUAAGUAAUAACGGAUUUGGAUCGCUACAGAAGCAAAUAGGCGUUGCGAGGUUAUAUUCUACUAAUAACAAGAAUGAUCCGCCUGAAGAAGAGCCUGAAAUCAAGGAUGAAACCCCACUGUUUUCUAGCCAAUUGCCAGCGACAGUGGCUGUGCCGGAAGUAUGGCCACAAGUCCCUGUUAUUGCUAUCAACAGAAAUCCUGUUUUCCCAAGAUUCAUCAAGUUAAUAGAGAUAUCAAAUCCUACACUAAUAGACUUAAUAAGACGAAAAGUAAAAUUGAAUCAACCAUAUGUUGGAAUAUUCUUACGCAAAAAAGAAGAUGAAAAGUCUGAUGUUGUAUCUAACUUGGAUGAUUUGCAUCAAGUUGGUGUUUUUGCACAAAUUCAUGAGAUGCAAGACAUGGACUAUAAACUGAGGCUCGUGGUGAUGGCUCACCGGAGAAUAAAGAUCACAGGACAAUUUAUUGAAGAAGAAAUUGAGACUGGUCCUGCCGAAUCAGACGCCGAGAGGCGGCGGCGCAAGCAUCGGAGCACAAGGAAACAGAGGUCUGAGCCUGAAGUAACCGACACAGAAAAGGAAGCACCUAAAAAACCACCUCCAGACCAAGUCAUGAUGGUUAAAGUCGAAAACAUGAUGCACGAGAAGUUCCAACAGACCGAAGAAGUAAAAGCAUUAACACAAGAAGUCAUCAAGACCAUCAGAGAUAUUAUUAAUUUGAAUCCAUUGUACAGGGAAUCGCUUCACCACAUGCUGGCGCAGGGGCAGCGCGUGGUGGACAACCCCGUGUACCUCAGCGACCUCGGCGCCGCGCUCACCGGGGCCGAGCCUGCCGACCUGCAGGCCAUCCUCGAGGAGAUGGACAUUCCAAAAAGACUGAUGUUGUCUCUUUCCCUUUUGAAGAAAGAGUAUGAAUUAUCAAAAUUGCAACAGAAGAUAGGCAAGGAAGUCGAGGAGAAAGUGAAACAGCAACAUAGAAAGUACAUAUUGCAUGAACAACUUAAGGUAAUAAAAAAAGAGUUAGGCCUAGAGAAGGACGACAAAGACGCGAUCGGGGAGAAGUUUCGAGAACGGCUCGCCAACAAGACGGUGCCGGCCGCCGUGCAGACCGUCAUCGACGAGGAACUCAACAAACUCAACUUUCUGGAGAGCCACAGCUCCGAGUUCAAUGUAACACGGUGCUAUUUAGACUGGCUAACUUCUCUACCCUGGGGCAUAACUUCCGAAGAGAACUUGAAGCUGGAAGACGCACAGGUGAUCCUAGAUGAAGAUCACUACGGCAUGGAGGAUAUAAAGAAGCGAAUUCUGGAAUUCAUAGCCGUCUCACAGUUAAAAGGCACUACUCAAGGCAAGAUACUGUGCUUCCAUGGACCACCUGGGGUCGGAAAGACUAGUAUAGCACGAUCGAUCGCUCGCGCACUAAACCGCCAAUACUUCCGUUUCUCCGUGGGCGGUAUGACUGACGUGGCUGAAAUCAAAGGCCAUCGCCGCACUUACGUGGGUGCCAUGCCUGGCAAACUGGUGCAGUGCCUCAAGAAGACCCAGACGGAGAACCCACUCGUACUUAUAGAUGAGGUCGACAAGAUCGGCAAGGGAGUGCACGGCGACCCUGCAUCCGCGUUACUGGAACUGCUAGACCCUGAACAGAACGCGAACUUCCUCGACCAUUACCUGGACGUGCCCGUGGACCUCGCGCGCGUACUCUUCAUCUGCACCGCCAACGUGGUGGAGCUCAUACCGGAGCCUCUGCGGGACCGUAUGGAGCUCAUCGACAUGUCCGGUUACGUGGCUGAAGAGAAGUUGGCCAUAGCCCAGCAAUACCUCGUGCCGGCCGCGCUCCGGAACUGCGGCCUGGACCAGCAGCAGCUGCAACUGUCACCGUCUGCGUUGCAUACCUUGAUACGCGCCUACUGUCGCGAGAGCGGCGUACGGAAUCUGCAGAAACAUAUUGAGAAGAUCGCUCGAAAGGUGGCGUACAAGAUUGUGAAGAAGGAGACAGAUGAAUUAGUAGUGACGGACGAUAAUCUAUCGGAGUUGGUCGGGAAACCGACGUUUAAACACGACCGCAUGUAUGAUGACACGCCGCCGGGAAUCGUUAUGGGAUUAGCAUGGACCGCCAUGGGCGGUAGUUCCCUAUACAUCGAGACGGCACUCCGGUCGCCCAUAAAGGCAGACGCUGGUGAUAAACCGUCUCUAGGCUCACUGGAACUGACGGGCCACCUCGGAGACGUGAUGAAGGAAUCCGCCAGAAUCGCACUUACUGUAGCCAGAAACUACCUAGCUGAGCAUCAUCCGGAGAAUGACUUCCUUAAUACCAGUCACAUUCACCUGCACGUGCCAGAGGGCGCGACCCCCAAAGAUGGUCCGUCAGCCGGCGUGACCAUCACCACCGCGCUCAUAUCGCUCGCCCUCAAGACCGCGGUGAAGCAACAACUGGCCAUGACAGGGGAGGUGUCCCUCACCGGCCGCGUGCUGCCUGUGGGCGGCAUCAAGGAGAAGAUCAUCGCCGCGAAACGCGUGGGUGUUAAUUGCGUGAUCUUACCCGAGGAGAAUCGACGGGACUUCGACGACUUGCCUGCAUUCAUCCGCGCCGAUAUCGACGUACACUUCGUGCAGCACUACGACGACGUCUACCGCGCCGCAUUCCCGCAGGCUGCAGAUAUGGAAAAAAAGGCGUUCUCCUGCUAGCAGAUAAAGGCAAUGGACAAGAGUUUUUAGAUUAAUCAUAAUAAACAACUAACUGUUAUAAAUAUUGUUUCAUUUAUUUACAUUUUAUAUCAAUGUUGCAUAUACUUAUUUUAGGAGUUAAUAUAUUAUACACUUCGUAAUAUGUUUAUCAUUUCUUCAAGUGCUUUCUACCUUCUUCAAGUAGUUGUAUUAAAACUGGAUAAACUUCAUCAUAUGUGGUGAUUUGGUUUUGCCUCACAUGAUUUUGGUACCUCUGUAAGGCACCAGCAACAAACUCCAGUCUUUCCCUUUCGUUUUUAUGGGUGUCAAGCCACUGCAUAAGCUUUUGGAUGUUCCAACCAGCGCAAGUGUGAGGUGCUAACAGUUGAGGGCCAGCAUGCGAAAAUAGGAACAUCAUCACAAAGGAAUAUGGUAAACAUGCACCUUCUGACUGGCUCUUGGCAACCUCUUGGGGUGUUUUCUCUAAAAGUAAAUGUAAAGCCUUUAGAUGCCUGUAAUGAUCUCCAAGUUCGGACAUAUCAUUCACAAGAGGUGACAAGGCAGUUUCCAAAUGCUUGCAGUCAAUUUGAAGUUUAACUCUUCCAAACUUACUCAGAGGUCUAGCAUUACAGACAUGUUGUGUAAAUCUCUCUAUACAAGCUAUAGCAAUGUUCAGACAGCAUUCAUUAAGAGCGGACUUUUCUUGGUACAUGGAUAGGUAAAUAUCCUUGCAUCUGGAUACAAACUGUUGAAGUUCUUUCAUGUAAGGGGAACAUGAUAAGGACUUUCCUGUUGGAUCAUCCGCUCUCACUAAAUCAGGUUCGUCAUGCAUUGUCAUCAGAAUGAUGUAUAAGGAAUUCUUUAUAGAUUCAGCAAAUAACUGCAAUACUGGGAAACUUGUGAUGUCUUUCAGGCUGUUCUGCACAAUUUGAAUACUUUCUGGUGGAAGUAUGGUGUUCAUGUUUACAAGAACUCUUUUGAUUUGUGAUGAGAAAUAAUAUAAGGAGUUGCAGAGAUCUGCAUUCUUCUGUUGAGAACUGGUUGGUGAUUCUAUAAUUUGAGCAACAUCACUAUCCAUGGACAAUCUUUGUUCACCUUCCAUAUUCAUUUGCUUGAUAGACUUGGCUACACUAUUUGCUAAACUAAUACUCAGUUGUUUGUCACCAAGUGAAAUGCUGAGUGCUUCAGCUAUUACCCUGACUGCAUUAUCUAUUUGGUCCAUGCUGGGCACUUGACUCAGAUGCCACAUAGUCCUGACAGGCUCCAGCAGUUUUCCUAACGACUUUGAUAAGAAAGAAUUCUCCCAUUUUGUCAUACUGGACCUGUUCAUUUCCAAAUCUUUACAUUUAAGUUUUGACAGCAAGUCAUUGAAACAUUUCAGCAGUUUAGGAUAGUCAAUCUCAAUUGACUGAUUUACAUUCUGUGGGCUCUUCUCCAGCUCAGUGCUAAAAAUUAUUAAUAAGUUGGACCAAAAGUUUUUUGUUAUACUUCUAAAGUUUCCAAUAGCAUGCAAUUCAUUUAUGGCAUUCUGUAACAUUAUUACUUUAGUGCAUCCAUUAUAGAUUUCUACUUUAAAAAGUUUCUCUAUGUUAUCCCACAGUUUUAUUUUGAAAUCUUGUGCAUUCAUAAUAUUUGCUUUUCCUGGGGCUAUUCUUCCAGAACUAGAUUUUUUCACUUCUAUUGAAACCAUUUGCACAUUUAAGGCAGUUGCUAUUUCUCUUUGCAAUUCAUUUAGUAUACUUUGAAUAGUAUCCUUUAUUUGUUCAUCAGUACUUUGUAAGUUAUGGAAAACUUUAAAACAUUGAAGUAACUUAGCCUUAUCACCAUUUAGGAGGCUGGAUUGUAAGGCAGCUGUGGAAUUUGUUAGUAAUUCUUUUCUUCUAUGCUCCACUUUCUUUAAUACCUCUUCUAAGAGAAUUAUAUCUUUGAAGUCAUAAUCACUAAUUAACUCAUUAAGUUCAAAAAGGAUAAUGGCCUCUUUUGCUGGAUAAUCCCCAACACUUUGAAGUUUAUUCCAUAAAGAUAUUAUUUUAGCACUAUGUCUAAGCAAAUUACAAGUGGUCUGAACUCUUUCUAACAUUAAAGUUUGAUUUUCGAGGGCAUAAUAAGGAAUGUGAAUGCGAUCUUUUAGUUUUUCAGCACCUUUCAAUAGAUUUUGCACUUGGUUUUGUACCGAUUCUAACGUAGUUUCUAGGUCUGUUAUGUGACUGGCUUGGGUUAACAGAUCAUUAUGUUUAGCCAAAACUUGUCUUUCAAGGCUUUUUCCUAGUUUUUCAAUGCCCAAGGCGAGUUUUGUGACUUGAUCCGUAACCGAGAUAGUUUCACCGGAGAUGGGUUUUAUAGUUUCGUCUAAGAAUUUACUAUAAAACUCAUCGUUUUCAAUUUCAACACAGACAUCUUUGGCAUCCAUCAUUACUAUUCCAUUAAAUAUACUUAACGUUAACUUUUAUUAAAAACUCAGAAUUAAAAGAUUUACGAAACAAGAAUGUUAUCAUGUCACGUCACAUAAACU